AUGGGUUUAACGCCGGAUCAAGUCAAGAUCAUCAAGGCCACCGUGCCGGUCUUGAAGGACCAUGGCAAUGCCAUCACCACGGUGUUCUACCAGAAUAUGCUGGCCGAAAAUCCAGAGCUCAACAGCAUCUUCAACACUUCCAACCAGGUGACCGGCCACCAGCAACGUGCCCUGGCCAAUGCUUUGUACGCAUAUGCCACGCAUAUUGACGACCUGGGAGCGUUGGCGCCCGCCGUCGAGCUCAUCUGCCACAAGCAUGCGUCCCUGUACAUCCAACCGGAGCACUACAAAAUUGUCGGGACUUAUCUGCUUGCCGCGAUGAAGCAGGUCCUCGGGGAUGCCCUCACCCCGGAGAUCCACGACGCCUGGGCUGCGGCGUACUGGCAGCUGGCCGACAUCCUGAUCGGGAAAGAGAAAUCCCUGUACGAGGAAAGUGACGGCUGGACCGAUUGGCGCGAGUUCAAGAUCGCAAAGAAGGUCCCCGAAUCGGACGAAAUCACCUCCUUCUAUCUCAAACCAGUGGACGGCAAACCCUUGCCCUCGUUCCGGCCGGGGCAGUACGUCUCAGUGCUGGUCGAUGUGCCGGCCCUUGGAUAUCCGCAGCCGAGACAGUACUCGCUGAGCGACAAGCCCAACCCAGACUACUUCCGAAUCAGCGUGAAAAAGGAGCCGGGGGCAGUCAACGGCGUCAAAUCUCCCCCGGGCUACGUGUCGAACGUUCUCCACGACCUCAAACAGGAGGGAGAUAUCGUCAAGGUCUCCCAUCCGUUCGGCGACUUUUUCCUUACGGACGCAAAGAACGGCGAGAUCGUCGACUCGACCCGUCCUAUCGUGCUCAUCUCCGCCGGGGUCGGCCUCACUCCCUUGACAUCGAUCCUCAACACAGUGACGUCCAGGUCCUCCGCGUCGAAGCGGAAGAUCCACUUCAUCCACGGUGUCCGACGGGCGAGGGUUCGCGCGUUCAAGGACCAUGUGCUGUCUCUCGCCAAGCAAUACCCGAAUCUGCAAGUGACCUUCUUCAACAGCUCCCCAUCAGACGACGAGAAGCAGGGAGAAGACUUCCACCACGCGGGGCGGAUCGAUCUGCAGAAACUCGACAGGGACGAGCAUCUCUUCCUCGACGACCCCACGACAGAAUACUACAUUUGUGGGCCGGAAGGUUUCAUGCAAGACAUGGCGCGUUCACUGAAGGAGUUGAAUGUGGAUUCUGCUCGGAUCCAUAUGGAACUUUUUGGCACGGGCGGUGUUUCCACUGCGUGA